UCUUUUUCAUUAUCUGUCGCCGUUGUUGUUUCAUACCUGGACAAGAUUUGUUCGAUACAAUAAGAGUUCUCGUCAAUCGUGAAACAAUAACACGGACAUGUGAUCGGUGUACAUACCCUUACGAGAAAGUUUUUUUUCCCGCGUUUCCGUAGUGGUGGUUCUCGAGUUGUCAGUGGAGGGAGAGCCUGUACGAAGGUGAAACGAGAAGAGGGUGAAAGAGAAAUAGUGGCAAAUGCGUUGGUGUAGACGGUAGUACGACGUACUGGUCUUUUAUGGCCUAGGUGGUACGAAAGGGGAGCCGUUCGUUGUCGUAUCGGCCGAACCACGAUAUCAUCGAGAUGAGACUGCUGCCGUUGCUCUCGAUCCUCUGUUUGGCGAGCCGGUCCGCCGAUUGCCGGGCCGUCGACGCUGAUUCCACGAAGGACGACAAUGCUGCCGGUAGGCAUAGGUGCAAAUUCACCGCGGAAGUGCUGUUGAACACCAAGUUCCCGCACGGGAUCAGCGACGACGUCGACGUGGACAUCUGUAAGGCGGGCGGCUUUUUGGGCGACAUCGCUUUGCCGAAUAUCAAAUACGAGACAGAAUGGAGACAGCAAAAGCUCAACAAGAGUUACCUCGAGGAGCUCGAGAAGUACCGAGACGAGGUCCUGAAAGAGGGUCUCCAGGUCGAGGAGGAGGGUCUUACAGAGAUCCUUCAAUUUAAAAAUGAGCACGACGCUAACGAGGCGCAUCAGGAGAACGAGGAGAUGGUGGCUUCUCAAAAGAAAUCCGAACCAAUUAUGGUGGACCGGAAUCAAUACAGCAUGGACGGCGAGCUAGAGGGUGGAUUCAGUUUUAACGCGAGGAACGACGACGCCAGGCCUGGGGUGAGGGACGAGGGCGUUGAAUUCAGGUUAGAGUCGACGACGCCGCCGCCGAAGAAAAGACAUUCCGGUCGAAAACAAGGGCACCAAGCUCCGCAAACAUCGUCGAACGUGAACGCAACAAAAUCGAUGCAGACAUUUUUGAGGACGUCUCAAGAGUUGAACGCAUUUCCAACGACCACCAUGAGCACGAGUCAAAUGAAAGAUCUGAACGCGGAAAACAUCGAGGAAGUGUUCACCAUCCAGCCAGAGAGCAGCACGCAGAACAUAUCGAAGCGUCGUCAUCGUCGUCAUCAUCGCAGAAGAACACCAAGAAGAAGGCACCGCCGUCGCAAGGUUCCCCUAAUCAGACGAGAUUUCGACGACUCGUCGGACGAGGUGGUGUCGUUGCACGACCGACAGCUGCGCUCGAUCGAAUUCUACGAUAUGGAGCAUAAGCCGAAGUAUCUGGCGAACAAACGUGGCACCACGAGACACGAAUUUUCGAGCAGAACACGAAGAGCUGCGACAGCUCGGAAAGAGCGCGUAUGGGAUCACGGGGUGAUACCGUACGAGAUCGAUGGGAAUUUUUCCGGAGCGCACAAGGCCCUGUUCAAACAGGCCAUGAGACACUGGGAGAACUUCACUUGCGUGAAAUUCGUCGAGAGGGUCCCUGCUGAGCAUCCUAAUUAUAUACUAUUCACGGAGAGACCGUGCGGAUGCUGCUCGUUCGUUGGGAAACGUGGAAACGGUCCCCAGGCAAUAAGUAUCGGGAAGAAUUGCGACAAGUUCGGGAUAGUUGUUCACGAGUUAGGACACGUGGUUGGUUUCUGGCACGAGCACACAAGACCCGAUCGCGAUCGUCAUGUACAGAUUAUCCGUGACAAUAUCAUGUCUGGUCAGGAGUACAAUUUUAACAAAUUGACGGAGGAGGAAGUAAACUCUCUUGGCCUGCCCUACGACUAUGAUUCGAUCAUGCACUACGCGAAGAACACGUUUUCAAGGGGAACGUACUUGGACACUAUUCUCCCGAUGGAAAUCCAUGGAAAGAAGCGGCCGGAGAUCGGUCAGAGACUUCGGCUUAGCGAGGGUGAUAUCGCUCAAACGAAUCUUCUUUAUAAAUGUCAUAAAUGCGGCAGAACGUUUCAAGAGAACAGCGGAAGUUUCGGAUCGCCUACUCACCCGAACAGUUCACCGCCACCGGAAGGCGAACGAUGCGAAUGGAGGAUCACGGCGACACAUGGCGAACGAAUCGUUCUGAACAUCACAUCGUUGGACAUAUUUAAGAGCAACUUUUGUCGCAGCGACUACCUGGAGAUUAGAGACGGAUACUGGUACAAAAGUAGCGUACUAGGUCGAUACUGCGGAAGCGGCAAGAUGCAGGAGCCGGUGGUCUCCACCGGAAGUCGAAUGCUUGUUACAUACGUAACGUCCAGCCAUCAGACCGGGCAUCGUGGAUUCACGGCGAGCUACGAGGCCGUUUGCGGCGGUGAAAUCGAGGUUGAAGACACGGGCCAUUUGGAAUCGCCAAACUACCCGGAGGGCUACCAAUCGAGCAAGGAGUGUGUCUGGAAGUUGUCCGUACCGCAGAACUUCCAAGUGGCGUUAAAGUUUCAAUCGUUCGAGAUCGAGAAUCACGACAAUUGUGUGUACGACUACGUGGAGGUGCGGGACGGUAAUUACGCUGACUCGCCGUUGAUCGGGGUAUAUUGCGGCUACAAAAUACCACCGGACAUUAAGUCGACCGGCAACAAACUUUUGGUGAAGUUCGUUAGCGACGGAUCGGUGCAGAAAGCAGGAUUUUCCGCCACGUUCAUGAAAGAAUUUGACGAGUGUGUUCUGAUCGAGCACGGCUGCGAGCACAAUUGCAUAAACACACUCGGUGGAUUCGAGUGUUCCUGCAAACCUGGUUAUGAAUUGCACUCCGAUGGGAAGCAUUGCGAAGAUGCCUGUGGCGGAGUUUUCGAGGACAGCAACGGAACCAUCACGAGUCCGUCGUUUCCGGUGACGUAUCCAGGAAACAAGGAGUGCAUCUGGGAGAUUAUAGCGCCGCCUCAAUAUCGUAUCACGUUGAAUUUCACACAUUUCGACGUGGAGGGGAACAAUGUUCGUCAACAGGAAUGCGAAUUCGAUUCUGUCGAAGUGAGCAGCAAACUUGGAGAUGAUAUUCUGAGGAAACAUGGAAUCUUCUGCGGUACCAGGCUACCGCCGUUAAUUACGUCAGAGGGGAAUUCUAUAAGAGUGAUGUUUACGUCUGACAAUAGUAUUCAGAAAACUGGUUUUGCCGCUGUUUUCUUCACGGACAUGGACGAGUGUGCGAACAACAACGGCGGCUGCCAGCACGAAUGCAGGAACACAAUAGGCUCUUAUCAAUGUUCCUGUCAUAACGGCUUCACGCUUCACGAAAAUGGACACGACUGCAAGGAGGGUGGUUGCAAAUACGAAAUCGUCGCACCUAUGGGUACUAUAACGUCGCCCAACUAUCCAGACUAUUAUCCUGGACUCAAGGACUGUGUCUGGCAUUUUGUUACUAAACCAGGACACCGUAUCAAGUUGGUUUUCAAAGUCUUCGAGAUGGAAUCUCAUCAAGAAUGCAACUACGAUCAUAUCGCUAUUUACGACGGCGAUUCUCCGGAUAGCCAUGUUCUUGGUAAAUUUUGCGGUACCAAAGAGCCGCAUCCAAUCCUGGCAACGGGAUAUCAAAUGUACAUGGUAUUCAAAAGCGACGCUUCCGUCCAAAGAAAGGGUUUCCUCGCGACUCAUAGCACAGCUUGCGGCGGCCUCCUGACUGCGACGAACGAGAUGAAGUAUUUAUAUUCGCACGCCAAGUACGGCACGCAUAAUUACGACCACAGAACCGACUGCGAUUGGUCGAUCGAGGCACCGACUGGUAAAAGUGUCCAUUUGACUUUCGUUACGUUCCAACUGGAAUCGGAGAACGAGUGUAAUUACGAUUUCGUCGAGGUUUAUUCUGGUAUGGACACAUCUGGCCUCCUCCACGGACGAUACUGUGGAAGUAGCAAUACCACAAACUUCUUCUCGAUGAACGAGGCGUUGCUGGUGCGGUUCAGAACGGACGACACGAUAUCGAACAAAGGUUUCAUGGCGUUGUUCGUCGCGGUGGACAGACAGGACAGCAGUGAGACCUACGGCGGUUCCGAGGACGAAGACGUGGACGAGGAGAAUCUCUGAUCCGUGACAGGCCUCGCCAAUCGACUGGGUUACGGAUUCCACAUCGGUUCACUCUUGCAGAAUAACGAUCGAAGUGACGACGACAACGAGUAAAGCUUAAUUACUCGGAUGCAAAACGUAGCCCUUUUGGCAGAAACGUGAAUCUUGCUGGAAUCGCGCGAGGCCGUGAAAAAACUUGUUACAUUCUCUCUCUCUCUCUCUCUAUCGAUGAAUCCGCGUAUUUGAACAGAACGAGAAACAACCAGAUAUCAGAUUGUCAUGAAAUAUUUUGGAGACAUGAAUGCGGACGAUUAACCGGGAACGGAACGAAGGAAGAUGUCCGUUUCCUUUGUUAAUCUAAGAACCGUCUGAGAGCGUCAAGGAUAAUUUAUUCCGUCAGCGAUGGCGUUAGUUAAACGGCUUAACCAUUUGGAUUAGCGUGUACGACCCUGAAAUUCGGCCUAGAAUCAGGCCAAUCGUGCCAUUGUAUGUUUAGGUAGAGCGCAUUAUAAUGUUAACUACUCGAUCCUCGAAAGCCCAGUGAGA